AUGAUUGACCAUCUCCUGGGCAGCCCAAGUCCGUCCUGGAAGCGCUCCCAGGUCUUCAUCGUGAUCAUCUUCUGGCUGUGGCGCAUCCUCCAUGGAAAUCCAAACGGCCCUUCUAUAUUAUGGAUGAGACGUGCGAAUAGAGUCCUGAAACGCUUCACGCCUUGGCAGCUUGUUGUGAGCACCCUGACCGGCGUAUAUGCCGUUCGACAUCUCGACAAGAUACUAGGUCUUGGAUCCCCAGAACCUCUUGCAAAUCUAUAUUCCCCAUCUUAUUACCGUGCUACAUGGAUCAUUACCGGGCUCGACGCUGGCUUCGCUACCGCGAUGACCAUACGCCCGAAAUGGCUUAAAGACCUCUGUUCCGUUCUGUUUUCCCUAUACUACAUAAUAUAUGCUACUGAGGCCGAUGAGAAGGUUCGCAAAUUCCGCGCUGUCCCUACGGUCGAGAUGCUCCGCACCACAUGGGAGAAGACAACCAAUCCUUAUAUCCGCGCUAUCACUCAUCUACCAAAGGUCACAAUCCGCCGGCGGCUCUUCCUGCCCCGCCCUGGCGACUCGACGUAUACCCGACCUAUAGUGGCUUGGUUGUUCUUCGCUCCUCCAGAACAUCAUCUCGCGCGCGCGACUGAUUUGAUACUCGACUUUCCCGGAGGUGGCUUCAUCUCCAUGACGCCAGAGCAUCACGAGGACCGUCUGCGUAUGUGGGCGGUGCGCACCGGCAAGCCAGUGCUGUCCAUUGAUUAUGGCAAGGCGCCGGAGUAUCCGUACCCCUAUGCGAUUGAUGAGUGUUUUGAUGCGUACCGUGUGUUGGUAGAGACCGGCGGCCAGCUCAUCGGCAUGAGUGGCGCAAAGUUCAACGUCGUGUUCUCAGGAGACUCGGCAGGCGCUCACAUCGCCGUAAACGUCAUGCUGAAAAUCUUGGAGACACAGAUCGUCGUGCCGCACCCUGUGGCGCUGAUGCUGAACUAUGCGACGCUGGACUUCAAUUUCACAUCGUGGAUGUCGCCCGAGAACCUCCGGGUACUGCGCACGGAGCAGUCCACGGGCCACCUCCGCGGGCUCGUCGAGCAGAAGGACCACCUGGGGCACAUCAGCCCGCUGUCCAUGGUCGGCGACCGCAAGCUGCGCAGGCGUAAGAGCUGGCGGGAUACGAUCCGCAAUUUGGGGUCCCCGACCGCGGAGAGGCCCAGCAGUGGACGGCCGCACCGCGCGAGUGUCAGCGUCAAGGCGGCGAAGGCCGAGGCCCGUGCGCACCGCGAUCGCUCCGCGGUCGAGGAGCCCGGCGACGUGGCCGAUGUGGAGGACGACGCGGCGACGGUCGUGCCCACUCGCGAAGAGGAGAAGCCUCUCCAGGCGAGGGUGCGAUUCCAGUUCGACGACCAGGCGGCGCUCGACGGGCCGAAGGAGGAAGCAGAGCGCACGGCCGAGGCCGCCGCUGCCCAAUUGCCGGCGGCGGCGGCGCAGAACGUCCCGCUCGGCACCAGACUCACCAUGACCAGCCGCACUGGGUAUUUUCAGGAUCGCAUCAUCUCCCCGAGCAUGAUGCGUUCCAUGGCCAUCCUGUACAUCGGGCCGCACCGCAACCCCGAGUUCGCGACGGACUACCGCAUCUCGCCGAUCCUCGCGCCGAGCGGGCUGCUGGCGCAGUUCCCGCCGCUGCUGAUGACGUGCGGGGAGAAGGACCCGUUCGUGGACGACACGGUGAUCUUUGCGGGGCGCGUGCGCGAGGCGAAGCGCGCGCGGCGGGAGGAGCUCGAGGUCGCGCUGGCGGGGCCGGCUGCGCGGUUCGGGGAGCACCUGCGGAUGAGCGUCAGGGAUGCGGACACGGACGAGGCGCUGCGGGCGCUGCGGCGCGAGGGCGAGGUGCUCGCUGGGCAGGGCGACGAGGACUGGGUGCAGAUGCAGAUCUACUCUGAUUGGAGCCACGGGUACCUGCAGAUGCCGAUGCUGAUGCGGGAGGCGGGGGAUGUGCUGUACGACCUUGGAGACUGGAUCGACGAGGCGUUCGCGAAGAGGGAGGGGGCGGCGGCGGCGGCGACGAGACACGAGGGCGCGAACGGGUCGGCGGGCACGAAGCGCGGGUCGCCGGUGCGGCGCGAGCUGAAGGAGCACGUUCCGAACGGGGAGGGGGCGGUGUCUGCGAGCGAGACGGAGACGGACGACUUGCUGACGUUUUCGCCGAAGAAGCGGUCGUCGCCGCCGUCGUCUGUGCACGAGCUCGAGGAGAAGACGAAGGCGGGGAGGACUGGGUCACCGGCUGCGGGUGCGAGAAAGUCUCACAGCCCGCACCGGGGGGAUGGAGCGGGGAUGGAGGGAGGGGUGCGGGAGGGGACGCCGACGCAGCGGAUUGACCUGUUGCACCUUAUUCCGUCGCAGGCGAACGGGCAAGGGACGGGGAGCGGAGGGCGACCGUCGCCUGCGAGGAGUGGGGCGGGGACGCCGGGGAAGGCGGGGCAGACGAUAUCAGAGUCUGAGCUGAUGAGACGGCGGCGGCUGCUGGAUGCGCAUCUGGUGACAUUUACGGACGCGGUGAAGUAA